CCGCCGCCUGUGCGUGGCAGCCGCUCUGAGGGGGAUUUUGGCGAGGCGGGCGAAGCGAGCCAUGGCGGUGGCCGGGGUGACGGUGUUGGUGGCCGGGGUGCUGGUGUUCGGCUUGUUGUGGCCGCGCGGCGCCGAGAGCUCCCCGCGGAAGGCGGUGGCCGCCCGGCUGGCGGCGAAGUGGCCGGCGACGCCGUUGCUGCUGGAGGCCAGUGAAUUCAUUGCAGAAGAAGGCAAUGAGCAAUUCUGGCAGUUUUUGGAAACGGUGAAAGAAUUAAAAUUAUACAGGAAAGGAGUCUCGGAGCAUUCCUAUUACAACUUAAUCCUGAAGAAAGCCGGACAGUUCCUUUCAAAUGUGCAGAUUAAUCUUUUGAAAUUUUCUCUUUCCUUACGAGCACAUUCCCCAACCAUUCAGAUGUUUCAGCAGAUUGCAGCUGAUGAGCCGCCACCGAAAGGUUGCAGUGCAUUUGUGGUUAUCCAUGGGAAGAGCACCUGUAAGACUAAUGAAAUUUGGAAGCUUCUGAAGAAAGCUGCUACAAGGCCCAAGCCAUAUCUGUUCAAAGGAGAUCAUAAAUUCCCUACGCUUAAUGAGACCGGCCCAGUAGUGAUCCUUUAUGCUGAAAUGGGUACAAAAGACUUUGCUACAUUUCACAAAGUUUUGUCUGAACAAGCACAAAAAGAGGAAAUUGUUUACGUUCUUCGACAUUUUGUCCAGCAGAAACCUAGCUCCGAGAAGAUGUAUUUGUCUGGAUAUGGUGUGGAACUUGCAGUAAAGAGUACAGAAUACAAAGCGGUGGAUGACUCUCAGACCAAAGCUACAAAUAAUGUAACAGCAGAAGGAGGCAAUGAGGAAAGUGAAGUCCAGGGCUUUCUCUUUGACACGUUAAAGCAGAACUAUCCUGACCUUAGAGACAAUCUUCAAGAGCUGAGGAAAUACCUGAUUGAAAGUAGUGAUGAUACAGAGCCUUUGAAGGUUUGGGAAUUGUCAGACAUUAGUUUGCAAGCAGCCUCUCGAAUUCUCUCUGUCCCCGCUUAUAAUGCAUUAAAAGUCAUGAAGGACAUUGCACAGAACUUCCCAGUCAAGGCCAGAUCCCUGACCAAAGUGUUAGUGAACCUGCAAAUGCGGAAAGAAAUAAAGGAAAAUCAACAGCAUCUGAAUGAAGCUCUUGAACUUCAGCCUGGUGAAGCACGUUUAUUUCUAAAUGGUCUUCGUAUGGAUUUGAAUCUUCAUGAUCCAUUUAGUCUUUUAGAAACUUUGAAGGUAGAAGAGAAAGCAAUGCGUGGACUUCACUCCCUUGGAAUUAAAGGAGAUGUUCUUAGUAAAAUCAUGAGAUUAGAUGCCCAUUCUGAUGAUGACGCUUAUGCAUUAGACAUUCGUCACUCUUCAAUAGUAUGGAUCAAUGACUUAGAAACAGAUCACAUCUAUGACAAGUGGCCUACAAGUUUCCAGGAACUUCUUAAACCAGCAUAUGCAGGAAUGAUGCGGCAGAUUCGGCGCAAUCUAUAUAACAUGGUCAUCUUUAUUGAUCCAAUGCAAGAAGAAGCAGCUCACUUCAUGAAACUUGUCGAAGUAUUCUACUUUCAAAAGGUGCCUCUUAGAAUUGGGUUUGUUUUUGUCCUAAAUACUGAUGAAGUCGUUGACGGAAACAAGGAUGCGGGUGUAGCUUUAUGGAGAGCUUUUAACUUCGUUGCAGAUGAAAUGGAUAUCCCUGCAGCUUUUACUGCCAUGACGAGAAUGUACCAUGAAGUAGAAGAGGGAGGUGUACUUUCUGUGGGGCACGUGAAGCGUUUUCUUGUCACAGGAUUUCCUCAUGCUGACUUGCAAGAUAUCUUGGGUGUCGAUUCUGAUUAUGAUGAGAACAGACAGGCAGGAGCAAUGUUUUAUAAGAAGACUGGCCUGGGUCCAUUGCCUCAAGCUCUCUUUAAUGGCGUGCCCUUUAACAGAAAAGAGAUGAAUCUUGCAGAGCUACAAACCUCUCUGGUGAAGAUCAUGGAUGCCACAGAGUCCUUCCAGCGGGCAGUGUUCUUGGGCGUGCUGAAUGACCAUACAAACGCAGUAGACUUCAUCAUGGAGCAACAGAAUGUAGUUUCACAUAUACAUGACAAGAUUCUUGAUCCUCAAAGAAGAUAUUUGAACUUCGCAUCCCCAUCAGUGCCUAUAGAUACAAACGAUUUCUCAACUUUUUCCUUCUUGGACUCUCAAGAUAAGACUUUUGUUAUUUCAGAAAACAUGAAGUAUGUUACAAGGAAAGAUGAAGAUGUAGUAUACCCAGGCACCAUAUGGAUCGUUGCUGAUUUUGAUAACCCAGAUGGGAGGCAACUGCUUUCAAAUGCGCUGAAAUACCUGAAAACUAGCAGUCAUGUACAGCUUGGGGUUGUGCAUAAUCCUGCGUCGAAAAUAACUGAAGAUAACACUGUCAUUGCAAGGGCAAUCUUGGCAGCUUUUCUAACUCAGAAAAACGCUAGUCUGAAAAACUUUCUCGGUCGGAUCCUAAAAGAGGACACGGCAAGAUCUCUUGCUACGGGAACUAAAAUCAAGACACUUCUUGUUCCGGGCAUGAAUAACGAUGCGUUUGAGAAGAAGUACAACACGAUAGGUGUCGAUGUGAUUCAGGCUCACCAGAUAUUUUGUCGGGAGGUUCUUAAGUUGCUUCCUGGGCAAAUGGCUGUUGUUAGUAAUGGCAGGGUAAUAGGCCCUCUCCGUGAAAAUGAACUGACCGCAGAAGACUUUGACUUGUUGGAGCAAGUAACGCUAAGUAAGGCAACAGCGAAGGUCAAAGCCCUGGUCAAGGAAAUGGGUGUUGGCGGUAAACGCGGCAGUAAUUUAGCAAUGAAAGUGAGUGCGCUUCUUUCUUCCUUGCCUAAAAGUGAUGUCCGCCGAGAUAUUGACUUUCUCAAAGAGAAGCACAGUGUACUAAAGGUAGAUCCAGAGCAGAAAAGCGAACCCUUCUUUGACGUUGUUGGCAUUGUAGACCCAUUGUCGAGAGAAGCACAGAAGCUGUCACAUUUACUGAUUUUCCUUGGUCAGGUUGUCAACAUGAAACUAAGGCUAUUUAUGAACUGUAGAUUCAAGCUAUCAGAGGCACCUUUGAAAAGUUUUUAUCGUUUUGUUCUGGAGCCCGAACUUGUUUCAGGGGCCAGUGGUUCCUUUCCUCUUGCGCCGGGAGCAAACUUCUUCGAAAUGCCAGAAUCCCUUCUCCUGACCCUCAACAUGAUAACUCCAGAAAGCUGGCUGGUUGAAGCGGUGAACAGUUCUUAUGACCUUGAUAACAUUUAUUUGAAAGAUGUUGAGAGUGUUGUUUCAGCAGAGUAUGAGCUGGAGUAUUUGUUGCUUGAAGGACAUUGUUUUGAUGUAGCCACUAGACAGCCAACUCACGGACUGCAGUUCACUUUGGGAACUAGGAAAAAUCCUGUUAAAGUUGAUACCAUUGUAAUGGCUAAUCUGGGUUAUUUUCAGUUGAAAGCAAAUCCAGGUGCUUGGAUUUUGAGACUACGUGAAGGAAGAUCUGAAGAAAUCUACCAAAUAUAUAGGCAUGAAGGAACUGAUUCUUCUGAAGUUUCAGAAGAGGUUGUUGUGGUACUAAAUAGUUUCAGCGGCAAAAUCAUCAGGGUCCAGGUGCAGAAAAAACCUGAUGAAAUUCAUGAAAGCCUCUUGAGUGAUGGGGCAGCGGAAGAAGAGGAAGAUUUCAUGAUUAGUUCUACAGGAGGGACUCAAAAAGCAGAAAACGAAAAGAAAAUGGAUAUGUUAAAUAUAUUCUCUGUUGCUUCCGGCCAUUUGUAUGAACGGUUUUUAAGAAUAAUGAUGCUCUCAGUUCUGCGCCACACCAAGACACCGGUUAAAUUUUGGUUUCUGAAAAAUUAUCUGUCACCAACAUUCAAAAAAGUUAUCCCUCACAUGGCAAACAAAUACGGAUUCCAGUAUGAACUUGUGCAGUACAAAUGGCCCCACUGGCUUCAUCAACAGGCAGAAAAGCAAAGAAUCAUCUGGGGUUACAAAAUUCUUUUCCUGGAUGUUCUCUUCCCGUUGGCUGUGGACAAAAUAAUAUUUGUUGAUGCUGAUCAGAUCGUAAGAAGCGACUUGAAAGAACUCCGAGAUAUAGAUUUGAAAGGAGCACCCUAUGGCUAUACUCCCUUCUGUGAUAGCCGUCCAGAAAUGGAUGGCUACCGUUUCUGGAAGUCAGGCUAUUGGGCUUCACAUCUUGGAAAAAGGAAGUACCACAUUAGUGCUUUGUAUGUUGUGGAUCUGAAGAGGUUCCGGAAGAUUGCGGCAGGAGACAGGCUUAGAGGUCAAUACCAAGCCCUUAGUAAGGAUCCAGGCAGUUUAUCCAACCUAGAUCAGGAUCUUCCUAAUAACAUGAUUCAUCAGGUGUCCAUUAAAUCUCUUCCUCAAGAGUGGCUGUGGUGUGAAACUUGGUGCAGUGAUGAAUCCAAGAAAAAGGCUAAAACCAUUGAUCUGUGUAACAAUCCAAAAACCAAAGAACCCAAACUAGAGGCUGCUAUCAGGAUAGUUCCUGAAUGGACAGAGUAUGAUUCUGAAAUACAGCAGCUUAUAAAUCAAAUAAAAAAGGAGAAGAAAAUGAGUCAGUCUCAGCAAAAAGAUCCCAGCCAUGAUGAACUUUAGCACUAUUUGAAGAGUGUCCUGAUGACACAGCUACUGGCCAUAGACUGGGGGUUAGUGGUAGUUUUUGUGGAUGUAUAUAAAUACUACAGAGAUGCUCUAUAUUUUUAAAUAGUCAUACCUCAUGUUACAUUCACUUCAUGUUACUUCCGGGUUUCGCCACUUGCGCAUGCACAGUAGCGCUAAAUCACGCUUAGUGCAUGCGCACAAGCGCCAGAUCGCACCUGCGCAGAUACGGCGCUUCAGGUUGCGGGCUUUUCAUGUUGCGAACAGGCCUCCGGAACAGAUCCCAUUCACAACCAGAGGUACCACUGUAAAAACUUCUGGCAUUUUAUUGGGACUUUGAACGGAAUAACAGAGUGGAAAGGAAACCUAGUAAAGUGUGGGAUGUGCAGUUUGUCAUUCAGUCCAAUUGCAUUGCCACUUCUGUCAUUUCCAAAGGCAUUACAAAUUCUGGUGCUACAUUCACUAAGUGCACACUGCUUUUGUUUCACAUUACACAAAUAUUUUGUUGGAGAUCUCAUGUAAUAAUUUUAAAGUGUCUGUCUGUAGUAAACAAACACCCCCAUCUCAUGCUUUUCUUUUUAAAGCUCUAGUCCAUCUUUCUGCAGAAGCUUCCAAGGAGGCUGAUCUGAGACAAUACUUGAAGUUGCAUUGCUUUUUCUGUAUGACGUGUCUGCAUGCCUCUUUCUCAUGUAUGAUGUCACUUUUACUGAACUUUAGUCUCCUGGUGCAAGAAAUCAGUUGGGUUCUAUUCCGUGGAGAAAGUGCUGAAUUUUGGAGGGUUCAGCUCGCCAGCUCAGCAAGGACUGAACAGUCUUGGCACUUGCUAAACCUCAAUAUUUCUGCUGGGCUUUGAAAGAGAUGCUGCGCCAGGGAAAACAAAACAAAGCAGGAGCCCCGGAGCCCCGAGUCUCACCAAGAGCAGCCACUUAAGUGGUGUGGGGCAAGCAAACUGCAACUACCUCCGAAGUUACUAAAUGAAGAACUUCCUUUGCAGACACAAAUCCUCCGACAUCCAGUUCCAGCCUGCAAACUUAAAAGUUGAUACUCACUCUUUGCAACUUGGCUUAGACCCCAGAGGAACUACUGGAACUACUAGAUGCUCGCUCCUGCACCCCCCCAUAUACUUUUAACCUUCUUUUCAAUCUACCUGCCUAAGUUUCCUUUUUGGUUCUCCCAGAUAGUCUAACUGCCCAGAGUGGCUGGGGAGACCCAGCCAGAUGGGUGGGGAAUAAAUACUAAAUUAUUAUUAUGAUGUUCUUAACUGCUGCUGGGCCCAAAAAUAUUAGUCUACCUGUUCUGCCAACCUGGGGCAAACAUGGCCACUGUUCUGUUUGCUGCCCUGGGUUCCUUUAGGUCAGGAGGAAGGGUAAGAUAUAAAUUUAAUAACAAUUUCUCCUGUCUCAGUUUCAUCUAUAAAUCUAUUUAAAAGCCAAAAUCUUUGUGAGACCCUCAUUCAGCUGCACCGGAUUCCAGUUGAUAAACCUUUUCCUGCUUCCACAAAACCUUUUGUGACUGUUUGAGAGUCUUUGCUGAUAUGCUCAGAUUUCUCCCCCCCUUCCCUAAAAUGCCUCUCUUUGUAUAGAUUAGCAAGGUGUCUCUUUUGCAAUCACUCUUUCUUCCUGAGUCUUAUGUUGCUUUGUCUUUUACAAUAUCAGCCUUGUUACCACUGACAUCUGAAGGCAGCCCUACUUAGGGAAGUUUAAUAUUCUGUUGAGAGCUGCCCAGAGUGGCUGGGGUAUAAAUAAAUAAAUUAUUAUUAUUAAUUGAUGGGCAUAUGGUUUCCCAGAUCCUUCUGAUCUUCCAAUUUUAUGAGUUUCUGUGACACAAAGCCAAAUUAAUCCAUGUCCUUUACUUCCUAUCUCUCUGGUAUAAAACGAUGUAUCAGGCUGGAACUAGAUGUUACAUCAAACAAUGGACUGCCAUCUCCAAAUGGUACAGUAAGAAUUUAACAUAAAAUAAAAAUCAAGUUAUUCCCGCUUUGUGCAGUAAAAUUUACUUCUCUCCUGCUGUGCAUCAUUUUGGUUUCACACCAGUGGCUGCCAAUGGCAACACCAGCAGAUUUUACUAGAUGUUGUGUAGAGGAGAAACUGAGACAGAGCAGGAGCUGUAAGCCCUCCAUGAAACAAAUGUGAGGGAGAUGGAGCUGUUGCUGUAGAGAUUUCUUUCACAGGGACCGGGGGUGCUUCUAUUAUCAGUAUUAUCCCAUACUGUGAGACGGUGGUUAAAAAGCAACAUUCUACAGUGUCGUCUGUCGUUAUUGUAAAAACUAUGGCACAAUUAUUUACCUUGGUAUGGAUCUCACUUCAUAAAAAGGACGGCAGCUUGAAACAGAUAUAACUUAGACACAGCUUUAAUCAAAAUCUUGUCUUGAAUAGUUUGCAUCUUUAUCUUCAAAAUACCUUCUUGGCUUUCAUAAUGUUUUUUAAAAAAAUAGAGCUUUAUUCCAAGACAUUUCCAAAGUGCACCCACACUGCAAUGGUAUAUAUAUUAACUGAUACUGGCUGGUCUUUUUUCACUAUAAAUCCUGCACUGGGGUACUCUUGUUCAAUCUAAUUUGCAGGCCCUAAUUGCACUUCACCCAAGAGCAAUGCUAGUAGCUCUCAAAAAACCCAAGGAUAGCCCAAAACAACUGAAAUACACACAAAUAGAAGCAAGGGCCUCUCAGGAACCCUCCCCCAUUUCAAACAAUAGGCCUAAAAAGGAAUUAUUUAAAUUACUCUUCAGCAUGAAUGCAUAACAGCUGCCUUUGGCCACACUUUUGACAUACUUCCAUUGGAUGCAGGAAAAGCAUUAGGUUGGCACUGGUUACAUUACUUAGGAAGAUUACCGAGAGCAAGGUCUGAUGUGCAGUUCAGAUAUAUGUGCUCACAGAAACAAUUCCAAAAAUCCAUCCUAUGCCAGAAGACGUUAUAAAUUAAGAAGCCAUAGGAGCACUUCAAACAUUCAAUACUUCUCUGCUGUUUUGGGAUGUGCGAGGGAGAAUGCGGUAGACCCGAACUGGACAUAAUUGUACUCCACAAUUGACAUGGCUUGGUAACAGCAAAUCUAGCAAAAGAAAAUAUAUGCAGAACUUACUCCACGCAUAGCUCUCCCUUACAAGAACUGUUUAGGAGGUUUGUGGAUUAUUGAAUGACAGUAGUACUGUAGGCUACAUUAGCAGAGUUACUCUUGAACUUUUGACUCGAGAGCUGGAGUGAGAAGGUGGUGAAAUAUUUAACUAGCUGCUCUGAGCCCAAAAUGCACUAAAGUCAUUUCUUAAUGCUCAAAAAUUACCUUCUGGAGAGCGGCUAGAUUUUUCUGAAAGCUACUUUUGCAGGUCCAUCAUCUCAUUAUGAAAGGACUCUAAAUUCUGUUUUGAAUGCAUUUCACAAGUACCAGAGUAAUGCUAAAUUUAAGGCUAUCAGAAGUGUCCCAGUUCCUGCAGCAAAGCUAAAAUGGAAGUCAGCUUUGGUUUCCUAUGACAUCAAGUAGCUCAGUGGUUUAACAGAGUGAAACAGUGCUUUCUUCCUAUAUAACCUUUGUACCCCAAAUGCUUCUUGGUUAUAUGCAUUCGGUAAGGCAAUGAAGCACUAAAAACUGCCAUUUGGAGGAGUCACAUUUUCAUCAAAUUGUAAAACAUUGUUGAUAUCCUCAUCCCAACACUGUCAUCUUGACAGUUUCCUUACACUACACAUCUCUUUCCCUUUUAAGAAAGAAAAUCUUAAAGAUCAGAACUAGUUCUGCACAUUUGGGGCAAUGUCUCAGUCGUUCUGCUCAAAUGUCAAGCAUAUGUUGAGUGAAAAGCUCAAAAUGGAUCUAUUUAAUUAACACCAAUUAAGAAUAUCAUUCUAUUUAAGUAUCUUUCUGAAGCAACCAUAAAAAGAAAAGAGGUUUUAAUCCAAACGAGAAAAUUGCCCUUGUAAAAAUAAGUUAGAAAAAGCCCACAAGCCAGCUGCAGUCCUAUAUUGGAUAAGUAAAGAGUCCUAGUGAUGCUUCUGUGGGGAAUUAUCUUAAGCACUAGAGUGGCUUUUUAGAGGACUUGCAUGUUGCAUAAAACCCUCCUAAAAAGUAGUAUGGGGACAGUUAUACCAUCUACACUCAGGCCAAUCCAUAUCCUGCUUUGAAGCAGCAGGCUUUGUCAUAACCUGAGCCGUGUUUACAGAGUGCCUCAGAGGUGCCACCAGCAUGCAGAAGUGAUGGAGAAGCUCCUCCAAUGUCUCCCAAGAAAACAAACUUUUCCUCUUAACAGAAAUGAAAACUAGAUUGCUUUUCUCACUGUAGCGAUGAGUAAGCAUAAAGUAUCCCAUUGCGUUCCAAAGGUCAUGAAGAGUUUAGUAAAAAGAAGAAAAAUUAAAGUGCUUUGGGGAAACAAUUGCUUCUCUAACACUUGAGUGGAAGGUCUCUACCCACUUCAGAAUAAGGGGUCCAAAGACUUCUGCAGCCUUCCACCUCUUUAGAGAUCAGAGAUCUAACACCAAAAAGUACAAAAAUAAGCAGUACUAACAUAACUGUUGUUUCCCUCUCCAUUGUGGACUUGCUUACUCUUUAGCCUAUCACUGAAAAGCUGGCAUUUAUUUAAAGACCGAAACUCCUAAUUGAAAUUGUCUAGAAAUAAAAAUAAAG